ACACUAGUGAAUAAAAAAGAAGAGUUUUAAUUGUGAUGAGCAUCAUCUGAUGUCUCCAACUCAAAAGGCUUAUUUCCACAAUCAACGGUAGAGAUCUAAAGAUAAUGAGAAAAUUUGCACAAUCUUCUUUAAUAUCGAUAUCUUCUUCCACGAUAAUCUUACAGAUCCAGAAGAAGAUCACACAUGGUUUUUGUAUAAAUUAGACAAAGCUUUACUUGCAGAACAGAGCAGAAACAGAACAUAUAUUCUCUGUCUUUUUUUGUGGCAAAAGUAAAUGGCGAGAAGACAACUCUUUUACCAUCGAAUGUUCUUGGUUUUAGCUCUUCUCUAUCUCAUGAUCUCAUGGAAGCCUCUCCUAAUCACUGCAAGACCUGAGAAAUCAACAGACUUUGAAACCAAGGGACAGGAAUUGAAUCGUCAGAUUAGCCAUCUGGGACGUAUUGAAAAUGAUCCUGAGAGAAGAAAAGGGACAAGGAGGAUGAUGACCGUUGAGGAUAUUAACGAUUAUCCAGGAUCCGGUGCUAACAACCGCCACACUCCUCACUGUUCUGAUUGCUAAUUCCAUUUUCCUGUAAUCUAGCUUCUAUAAAAUGGUAAUAAUCAAAUCACUUUUAUAUGAUAUGUAUCAAGAUUUAAAAAUCAUGGGGAAGUCUUAAUAAUUGAAUCUUAUUCUAAAAGGCUAUGUGAAAGAUAUCAAAUAUUUGAUAAGACUCAAACUUUAUGAAACCCAUGUCUAAAAAGGUGAGACUUUUUUUGUAAGUUAAUUUAUAAAAGUCCCACCAUUAACUUAGCUCAGGUUAGGUCAUCCACUGAAACACUAAAAGGUUUUGCUCUGCUUUUUCCCCUUAUUACACUGUUUUAAAU